AUGCGUCUCCCCAGUAUCGUUAUGGCCGGACUGGCGUGGCACCUGCUGGAGACGGUCAUUCAAGCAGUCGCAAAGCCGUCCCUGGCGAAUUACACCAACGCAGCAACACCUAACAGUCGUUAUAUUGGGCAGCACCCGUCGUGGGGCCAGGGUUAUUUUACCUCCGCGGACAGCAGCAUGGGACCAGCCAUCUACUUUGCCUCGAGCGACUCUCCCCAACAUGACGAUAGGAGUCGCCUCGAUGAAACAAGGGUCUCUUCUCCGCGAACAAACCGCGAGCUCAAUUCCUCGCAGUCAUCUGAUCAUACGAUCACCUGCAUCCUCAGCGGCCCAACCCAGCCCAACCCGGAGUAG